AUGGUCAUGGCAAAACCAAAUCUUGAAGCGAAUGAUUUUGAUGUUGAUCGUGAUGUAGCUGUAGAAUUUUUGAAAAGAACAAUUUUUCAUCCUGGAAAGACCAAAUGCGAAGAACAAAAACGAGAAGCCUCUGAAAAAUAUGAAGAACGAUGUGAACCAAGUGUUAAUAAACUGACUGGAAGCCGCUAUUGUCCUGACAUCAAAACAUGGGGUGCUUUUAAGAAUUAUGAAGUAGGUAGUGGUUUGGGUCGUUAA